UGGAGAACACAACCAACGCGGCGGCGCUACCGGUCCUAACAUUGGAGACCGAUUGUUUUUCAACGCGCAGGAGAUUUUAUUGAGAGACUGUUGCAAAAGCAGAGGUGUGCGUGUGUGUGUGAGAGAGAGAGCCACGGAUGCCGGCUAGUUGGCGAAGACUGUUGUAGAGGCUGCGAUGAGCCGCUACCUGUGGCUCCCCUUGUCCUACGUGAGCAACUCCGUCCGCAAGAGGGGCGAGGAAGUGAACGGCAGCGACUUCUUCCUGGCGCUGUACGGCAUCUCCAACAGCACCUCGUUCUUCAGCUGGGGCAACCUGACCAUCGAGGACUGGGGCAUCUUCAGCAACCACACCAAGUAUGAAACUGAGUCUAAGAACCCGACGGUGAAGGCGCUGCUGAUCGUGGCUUACUCGGUCAUCAUUGUCAUCUCCCUCUUCGGCAACGUCCUGGUGUGUCAGGUGGUGAUCAAAAACAAACGGAUGCACUCCGCCACCAGCCUCUUCAUCGCCAACCUGGCAGUGGCAGAUAUCAUGAUCACCCUUCUCAACACCCCCUUCACUCUGGUCCGGUUUGUAAAUAGUAACUGGGUGUUCGGCAAGUUGAUGUGUCAUGUUAGUCGCUUCGCGCAAUACUGCUCAGUACAUGUCUCCGUCCUGACCCUCACGGCCAUUGCCCUGGACCGCCAACAGAUUAUCAUGAAUCCCUUGAAACCUAGGAUGUCCAAGGCUAAAGGGGUAAUCUACAUCAUCAUUAUUUGGAUCUUGGCCACCGGUUUCUCGCUUCCACAUGCAAUCUACCAGAAGUUGCUCAAAGUUGAAUACAGAAAAGCGAGAGUACGAAGCUUGUGUCUCCACAGCUUCCCACAGCCUGCGGAUCUGUACUGGAAGUACAUGGAUUUGUCCACGUUCAUUCUCCUGUAUGUUCUGCCACUCUUGAUUAUAACUGUGGCCUACACAGCAGUGGCAAAGAGGUUGUGGUUGAGGAAUGCAAUUGGGGACAUCACUGCGGAGCAAUACUUUGCCCACAGGCGCAAGAAGAAGAUGAUGCUGAAGAUGUUAAUGCUGGUGGUUGUGGUGUUUGCUGUUUGUUGGUUUCCCCUGAACUGUUACGUGGUGCUCGUCUCCAGCAAGGCCAUCAACACCAACAAUGCCCUGUACUUCACCUUCCACUGGUUUGCUAUGAGCAGUACGUGUUACAACCCCUUCAUCUACUGCUGGCUUAACGCUAAUUUCCGCUCUGAAUUCAAGUCUUUGCUGAGUAUGUGCAAGCGGGGAAGUGGCAGCCACGUGCAGCCCCUUGCCUAUAGCCCUCCUCCCUACAGGCUGGCAUGGAAUGGAGCCAGAAGCCACAAGAGAAGCAGUCAAGCUCAGAAUCCACGUUUUAGCGCCACAAACUCCCUAAGGACUGAUAUCUCCAUUGUGGAACCGAUUGUGACCGUUGGAUAGACCAGGAAGGGAAGGCCCAUUAACUGCUAUCAUUCUAUAUUCAGAAAAUGUCCAGGUCUCCCACAUUUCCCAAGUUCAUUCUUGGGAAGUGAGCACUGUUGACAAGGCUAGCAUUGACACAACGCCCCAACACUAGCAUUAACGCAGAGGAGAUAGAUGAGGGUGAUCCUGCCACGGUUUGAUACAAGGCCGCUAAGCCAGCUCAGAGGCUGGAUGUGGUCAUGAAAUCGGGUUCUUUUUCUCAGAGGGCAUUUGUGUAUAAAAAAUUUUUUUAAAAAGUAGUAUUGUAAAAUUAUUCCACUGCUCUGUGUCGAUUGUUUUUAGACAAAGCUACCUUGCAAAAUUUCUGUUUUAGGAUUCAAAUUUGAGCUCAUUAAUAAUUCAAGACAAUGUUCCGCAGAGAGGGAGGAGGCAUAAAGGCAAGAAUACCGCAUCGCUUACUGUCAUGGGGAUGGUUAAUGCUGGCAGGUGUUUAACAAUGACCAGUUUCGAAGGAAAAUCUGGAGAAGGUUUUUUUUAAAUGUAUUCCUCAAUUAGUUCAGAAAAAGUCACACAAAAAUAGGCUAUUAGCUGAAUCAUGUCAGAAUUAUAUGUUGGAUGUUGAACAUGUCAGAAUUAUAUGUUGGAUGUUGUAAACUUAUUUAUUGCUAUUCUGAAUAGCCAGUGUUAUUGGUAGUAAUUUAUACAAAGAGCAAAUAUAAAUGUAUAAAUGCAUUCUUCUAAGGCUUUGCUUCAUGUUCACGGAUGUGUUCAUUUUAUAUUGUUGAGUGUUAAAUUAAAAAUGGACAAGAUCUGACGAUUUAAUGAGGCAUGCAAAUUAAUAAAAUUAUUGAAUUGAUAAGUGUGGCUCUACCUCUAGGUCAAUGUGUAGAUUGGGACUGUAUUACUAUCAUUAUAAUCUAUUGAUUAAUGUGUAAAAUAGUUUUUUGUUUUAGUUUUAUCUCUGGAUAAUAAAAAUAUUUCUGGAUUGUG